UUUGGGAAUAUAUGAUGUAAAGAAGUUUUGACUUUGUUGUUUUCAUUCAGAUUUGGCUCAGUGAUGUAUGAAACCAAACAAAGUUAUGUCCCAAGAUUUAAAUCUAGAUUUGGCAGCUCAGUGUGCUUGGAUAGUUAACUUAUACAUCAAGAAGGUGUGAAAGAUCAGAGAGGCUGGGGGCUUUUGUACUUUCCUUGGUCCUUAGAAGGCAGCAUUUUCUACCAACGCAUAUUAUGCUAAAAAUAAUAUCAGAUGGAAGCUUCAACCCAUGCUUCAAAAAUCUUUUAAUAUCCAGGAUUAGCUUAUUAUCUCUUAAAGAACAUUUGUGUUUCUUCUUCAUUUUUACUAGUUAACCUGCCUCUGCAUGUUGACAUGUUAUUUUCAUUGUGAUGGUGUGCCCCCCCAUUCCCACCUCUCUUGGUUCCUAAUUUUCUCCCAUUAUCUUAUCCUUACUCUCUUAAAGGAGACAUUUGAAAGACCUGCUGAUUCAUGAAGAAAUACACAUCAUUGGAUAACUAAGGACCCUUGCUAUUCUACUCAGGAGCAGAGAAGCAUCUCACAUCUGUGACCUGCAGUUUUUCUUUUUCUUUUUUUUAUCAACAGUAACUCACAAAGAAGAUCGGUACAGCCCUCUGUUUCCUCCAGUUACCUCAAUCUCAGCUAUUUUGUGGAUUUUCAACAUACAGUCAAAACCAGAACAGAAUAUGUCAACCACAGCUUUUCACAAAAUCCUACGACCCCUUCUGCUUGCUACUUUCAUUUUGGUAUGCUUUGUGACUUUAUUUUUUAUGUAUUUUAAGCCAUCCACCAACUGGUUUUAUGGUCCAUUGGAUUCAACUGUUUUCACAGACCAGGUGAAGAAUCUGUUUUCCACCAAGAGUGAUAAAAACAUGACUACUUUUGGUCCAAUAGAACCAACAGCUUACACGGAGCAGGUCAAGACACACCCUGUUACUGAGAGCAGUAAAAUCAUGACCGUUGUGCUGGUCUGGCUUUGGCCCUUUGGACAAGCCUAUGAUCUGAAUGUCUGUAGCUCUCUUUUCAACAUUGAGGGCUGUUUCAUCACAGCAGACAGAAACCUCUACAACAAGUCAGAUGGUGUUGUCAUCCAUCACCGAGACAUCUCUGGUGAUCUAUCCAAUCUGCCGAAGCUCCAGCGGCCAUCAUUUCAAAAGUGGAUAUGGAUGAACUUGGAGUCACCGUCUCAUUCAUCUAAGCUACCUGGCAUGGCAAACUUGUUCAAUCUUACACUUAACUAUCGUCGGGAUGCUGACAUUGAAGUGCCCUAUGGGUCCAUUAUACCUUCAGAGACUCAGGAGGCAUUUGUACCACCUAAAAAAGAUAAGCUGGUAUGCUGGAUUGUGAGCAACUGGAACCAGAACCAUUUGCGUGGGAAAUAUUACAAUGAUUUAAAAAAUCAUGUUGAGGUUCAUGUAUAUGGACAUGCCUUUGGGAAGCCCAUCUCUGACCAAGAUUUCAGCCCCACCAUGGCCAGCUGUAAGUUCUACUUGGCUUUUGAGAACUCAGUCCACAAAGACUACAUUACUGAAAAACUGUACAACCCUCUCUCUGUGGGCACAGUGCCAGUAGUUCUGGGUACAACCAGAAAUAACUAUGAGAACUUUAUUCAACAAGAUGCCUUCAUCCAUGUAGAUGAUUUCAACUCACCCAAGGAACUGGCAGAGUACUUGAUGCUUCUUGACAAAAAUGAUGAAAUGUACCUUAAUUACUUCAAAUGGCGCCAACACUUUACAGUAAAGAAGGUACAUUUUUGGGUAGAGCACACAUGCUUGGCGUGUGAUUACCUCAAAAAGCACAAAAAGUACCAAGCAUUUAAUAGUCUUGACAAGUGGUACUGGGGCUAAUGAUGCAUUUAAGGGACUUUACAGUCCUCAUCACCCUUUGUAAACACACAACGCAGUGAAGAAAUGGUAGCUCAGGAAAAAAAAAUCUGUGAAAAUAUGAAUGUAAUAUCUCAGUAAAACCUAGAAAAAAAGGGUAGUCAAAUGGUGUCAUUUAAAUAUAUUUCUUAGUACAGUAGGUGACAUUUUUUUCUGAAGGUUUUUUUUUGUUUCUUCAUGAAUCAGCAGCUCUUUGAACCAAGCCUGCUUAUGAUAAACGACAGACGGCUGCUGUAUUAAGUGCUCAGAAGGUUCAAGACAGUAUCAGUGUCUCAGCAGACGAGAAUCUAUGCUGCGAAAAGGAAUACGAUUUAUUCUUCUUGUGAAUUUUUCAUAUCACGUGUAUUACAUUGUACUUGAAGCCUUUGUGAAUGUCAAUACAAUAUAGUGCAGAGCGGUUGCACUGCAACAGGAAGUCCCAAUAUCCCUGGUGAGGUUGCGUUUGACUUAAAAUUUAACAGGCUAGAAAGAGAACAAGGUCACCGCAGAAGUGAUUAAUUUGAUUUAUAUAUUUUUGAUUGUUCUUUUGUCUAAUUUGAAAGACCUUAUUUUGUCUAAUAUGUUUACUCUAAUAUUCUGUUUAAUUCAGAAUGAUUUUCUGAAUUUGGUGAAAUGAAAUUAACAUUUUCAUUGUUUUGCAAGACGGUGGAAAGUGAAGUUCUUUGUAAGAUCAUAUUUGUAAGUGUUUGAAAGCUGUCAUUGUAGAUUUUUUUUUUGUGUGUUUAUAGUACACACCCGCAAUCACAUGGCAAAAUGUAAAAUUUUUGUAGAUAUCGGAUCAAUUUCAGAAGAUAAGUUAUCAAUUUGACAGUUAUUUUAAAUGCAAACAGCAUUACAUGACCAUUAUUAUCACACACACAUAUAUAUAUAUAUAUAUAUAUAUGCCACUUGUGUUGGCAGCUUUGUUGUGGAAAUAACAAACAUAUUUAAAUAUUUCUUAAUUUUCGAAGUGACCAACCAGAAACAUGGGAUGAACCAUCAUAGAAUCUGGUCCUGAUGACAAAAACCUGUUAAUCAAGCUUUUACAGCUACAAUCGAUUGGGUCAAAGCCCGUCUUCAAGCGGAAGUCAUUCCUGCAUGUUUGGCAGUCAUGAGGCUUUCCAACACUGCAUUAAUGAAGGAAACGUACAAUGUGUUGUAUAUAUUUUUAAACGUCUAAAUUUACUUUACAAAGGGCAAAUGUCAGCGGGUGAAUUUCACUUUAUAUCCAUUAGUGAUGAAUGCUGCUUUAAGAGUAUUUGAAUCAAACCACAAACCAAGAAACACUUGAAGUGGAUAAACAGUUAUAGUGGUUUUAAAACUGGGGGUCUUAAGGUAAACACACAGUAUUUGAGAAAUACUGUCGUAGGCAAUGUUUUCAGAGUCGAGGCAGGCUCAGUAAAUUUUUCUAUCAGGUGGUAAUCCUGUAGGCAUAACCUUACCAAAAAACAUGUGCCAAAAUGUAAAACCGAGAAACAGUUCUUUUGAUGAGGAUUUGUGUGACUCACUGUGCAUUUGGCUGUCUUAGAUGGAGAUAAUGUUGGUUCAGAAACUAUCAUGAAAGACUUUCAUUUGUUCCACAGAUUAACAAUGAAAUUCCCAAUCAUGGUUUCACGGACAGUCCUAACCCAUGAAUGAGACCAAAGCUUUCUUGUGCUGUGCAUUUAGAAUGUGUUUCCUCUUCUCUUCUUUUUCCUUCACUUUCUUUCUUAUUAUAAAAACAAUCAUGCAGUGUGGCUCCUUUCCCCCCUGCUUUGAGUCUGUGAAUGUGUCUCAGCACCAGAAGGUGACAUUUGUGCUGUUUAACAUGAUGCUAAUUUUGUUAAUAUCCUUAAAAUAAAUUAAAAAUGCUGUUUACUGACUUAUAUGAAUGUGUGUGGUGGGUUGGAGUUGGGGAGCAGAGGGUUACCAGUACUGAUUCUAGUCUACCAGUUUACCAAAAUAAUCACUGUUUGUUUUUGUUUUUUUAUUUGUUUGUUUUUUGUGAAAUCAUUGUAUUUUGCCAAAUGUUUUGUUUUUGGUGUCUGAUGUUGCCAUAAGGGAAAUAAAAGAUGUGAAUAAAUGGGUAAAUAGGGUACAGUUCUUUUAUGAAUGGAAUCCUUAGUCCUACCAAGACAACAUUCCUAAGAAAUUAUAUUUGGUUUGGAAGCUUAUUUUUAAUUUGA